UCUGGUUCUUGCCGAUCGUCUAUUGUCAAACAGUCGCCUCGAAGAAGUCAAACCAGCUUACCGCGAUUUUGAUGUCAGAUCAAUCGCGAAAAUCAAACGAAGAUGGCUGAAUUUCUGUCUCUGUGGAAAAUCAGUGUGUUAUUUUUGUGUUGGGUGUUAGCAAGUGAAAUCGUGAGAACUCAGAAGCCAGAACAGACGCAUCUGAAAAAAAACUUCGGACCAAAAUUUGGAAAUUUUGGAAAUCGUCCUCCACCUAGGCAUGACACACCCCCAUCUCCAUGUCAUUGUACUUGUGGGGAGAAAAACGACAACAGUCGAAUAGUAGGUGGAAAACCGACAAACGAAAACGAAUUUCCUUGGAUGGCGAGGUUGUCAUAUUUCAACAGAUUCUACUGCGGAGGUAUGCUCAUCAAUGACAGAUACGUUUUGACAGCUGCUCAUUGCGUUAAAGGGUUCAUGUGGUUCAUGAUCAGAGUGUCUUUCGGUGAACAUGACAGAUGCAACGACAAAAAACAGCCGGAAUCUAGGUUUGUGUUGAGAGCUAUAGCAGGAGCUUUCAGCUUCCUCAACUUUGAUAACGACAUUGCCCUCCUGAGGCUGAACGACAGAGUACCAAUAACGCAGUUCAUCAAACCUAUUUGUCUACCAAAAAAUAAAGAUAUGCUGUACCAUGGAGCCAUAGCAACAGCAUCAGGUUGGGGAACCCUCAAAGAGGAGGGUAAGCCUACCUGCAUCCUUCAGAAGGUUGAAGUGCCUGUGCUGACCAAUGAGGUGUGCCGUAGUACUAACUACACAGCCAAAAUGAUAUCUGACAAUAUGUUGUGCGCAGGAUAUCCAGAAGAAGGAAAGAAGGAUUCUUGUCAGGGAGAUAGUGGUGGACCUCUGAUAACGAAAAAGGCAGAUGGUAGAUAUGAGUUGAUAGGGGUAGUUUCUUGGGGAAAUGGUUGUGCCAGACCAGGUUAUCCUGGAGUAUACACGAGGGUUACAAGAUACUUGGACUGGAUUCUGGAAAAUUCAAGCGACGGUUGCUUCUGUCAAGAUCAAGACUGAGACUAGUUUUUAGGAGAUGAUGUAUUUGUAUCAGAUUGCAAAUAUCAGCUCGAAUCACAAUGUGCAAUGUGUGAUCAGUUUAUUCAGGUUAUAUAUUUAUUGUAAUACCAAUAUAUUGAAAAAUAUAAUUUUCAUAUCAAAAUA